AUGGACGCUUUCGCGGUCAGCGAGAAUAUCCUGCCGGAACAGGAGAAGCCAGAUGUCAACGGCAGUCAGAGCACCAGCACAGAGGAAUCGAACAAGUUCCAGCGUGCCAUAGCUUCGUGGCGAGGCAUCGACCUGACCAAUACGAUACCGAAACUCGACGCUACUGCAUCUGAAAUUGUCGCAAACCAACGAGAUGCUCUCGUACAGAGAAAAGAUCUUGCUCAGAAGACGAAGGAUUUUAGGAAACUUGAUGAUGCGUCGAAAUUGACCGAAUAUAAGGGACUUCUAAAGGCGUACCAAACCUUCAUUGAUCUCUUGACUACCCAUGGCAAGACCUCCUCGUCUGCUUUCUUGCAACUAUACUCCCAGCUUUCCGAAGCUCCCGAUCCAUAUCCGCUCCUCGAAGCAUCCGUCGAUUCGUUGGUGGCAUCUGAAGACACCGUUCCAAAACUCACCGCAGAGAAGGAACAUUUACAAAAGUCGGUGGCCCAAUUAACACGUCAACUCGAAACCACAGAGAAGCGCCUAGAAGAAGAAAGUGAAGCUCGAAAGAAACUUGAAGAAUCUCAGGAAUCGAAAAUCAAAGAAAUUGAAUCGUCUUGGGAAGCGGUGCUGUCCGAGAAGAGUAACAAUUGGGAGGCGAAAGAAAAAUCCUUGGAAGAAAAGAUUGAAAAUCAAGAGCGGUUGGUCAAAGAGCUAAAGGCUUCACUUGAGGUGUCGCAGCGACUUGGUAGAGAUGAGGAUGUUGAUUCUGCCCGCAACACUGCCACAGCAGCCGAGCUCGAGAUUGUCGUCUCAGACCUCGAGAAGACUAGUUUACGAUUGGCCGAAGUCGAGGCACGUAAUGAACAGAUGCGGCUAGAAUUAGCUCAGGCUGUGUCUCAUUCUCAAAUCGAACAGAAGCCAAUUGAAGAUGACCCGUCAUAUCUUCGAUUGCAAUCUGAAAACUCGGCGUUGAUCAGGAAGCUCGAUGCAGCGAGGUUUGACCGCGAUACCGAAAGACACGAUUGGGAGAGCAAGAUCCGUCAAAUCGAGCGAACAAAUGCCAAACUCAGCGCAGAAAAGGAUGAAUUCCGAUCAAAAGUCGAAAAAUAUGCCGACUACGAGGACAUCAAGAGGGAGCUCGAGGUUAUCAAGUCUAUCGAAUUCUCUACUGGUGACGAUGACGAUUCUGGGAACGUGCCGGAAGAACUCAGUGGUAGUAUGAAUGGGUCUGCUAAAUCAAAAGAAAACUCAUUGGAACAGCUACUGAUGGCUCGCAAUAAGAAGCUCAGUAAUGAACUCACAGUGCUUCGUGUCUCUCAUCGUGAUCUCCAAAGUCAGAUUGAGACACUCCGAGAAGAAUCGUCCGGUACAAAAGUGGAGCUAGAGAAAUCUCAGCAGCUAUGUGCAACGCUUGAAAAUGAUCUGCUGCGCAUGCAAAAGAGUACGAAUGCUCUACCUUCGGCUGCAAUGUCUGUUGCGGGCACCUACACUUCUCGUUUCCCUUCAUCUCGACGAGGAGGCGGUACAUCUCCUACGUCGUCAAUUAUCUCCGGCUUUGAUCAGGCCGUUGCUUCUGCGAAUACAAUGGAUGCUAUCCGUGCCGGUGAAGCAGUAGGCGGCGGCUCGGGUAUCCUGCCAAUGAUUCAAGCGCAACGAGAUAGAUUCAAGCAGAAAAAUGCUAAAUUAGAAGAAGAACUGUCCAAGACAUACGCAACCGUCAAAUCACUCCGCUCAGAGAUUGCAUCCCUCCAAAAGGAUAACCUGAAUCUAUACGAAAAGACUCGAUAUGUCUCAACCUAUAGUCGCAACCAAGGUGGCGCAUCAACGUCAGCAUCUUCAUAUGCCAACAGACCAAGCGCCGCUUCAGUAUACGCAUCGGACGAAACCCCAUCAGGCGUCUUACUCGACAAAUAUCAAUCGGCAUACGAAGCACAAAUAUCACCAUUCGCAGCAUUCAGAGGCCGCGAAGCAACAAGGGCAUAUAAACGCAUGUCUCUCCCCGAACGGCUGGUAUUCUCAAUCACACGCGUGGUGCUAGCAAAUCGGACAAGUCGCAAUAUCUUCGCAGCAUAUUGUUUUGCGUUACAUAUACUGCUCUUCGUGAUGCUGUACUCUAUGAGUGCCGUUGAGAUUGAGAAGCAUCACAUUGAUAAUCUUGCUAAUGGCGCUGCGGCUGCUGCUGCCGGUGUUGCUGGUGGAGGUGGUAGUGCUGGUAUUGUUGGGAAAUUGCAUGGUGAUGAUUGGCAACAAGAAGGUUUUAGCAAUUGA